AUGGCACUCCCCUCUGAUGAGGACCCUUCAGAUGGCCGCCGUUCCAACAGAGAUGAUGGCAGGCCCUCAGACUCAAAUGCAUUGGAGAGGCGGGAGAAGCGGGAGAAGCGGAAGCUGGAGAAGUCUCAUCGCAAUGAAGUACAACGACGUUAUGAGGCACAGAAGGAAGCAGAAGAAAAAGCACUGGCAUAUAAAGAGCUCUAUGACCGGUUAGUCGAAUACGAGAUAAUAAACGAGGAAGAAAAGAAGCGGAACGCGCGACUAGAAACCGAAGUCCGGAGCCUACGAGGGCAAUUGAACAGCGAAACAGAACGAGCCGAUGUCAACGAGUGGAAUAUUGGGAAGGCCGAGGAGAUGAUCUUGGAAAUGGAGAAUACAGCUGAGGCACAGAGAAAGAAAUGGAAGGAAAGGGAGGAGGAGCUCCAAGUGCGUCUCAAGCAGGAAAGAGAUACUUCAGCCCGGCUCAGGCACAUCAUAAAACAGGCUGCGGCCGAUGUCAACAUCUGUAGAGUUGAAGUCUCUCGUUCUACAAAUAACAGAGAUCGCUUGCAGCAGCAUAUACAGGAGCUUGAAACGUGUCUUCAAGAAAGCAGAGAUGAAAUAAUACGUGAUCGGGAGAGACUGGAAGAAUUCUUGAGUACCACAGAGGAGGCUGUAGCAGAAAGAACUCAUUCACUCCAUACAGAAAUGGAAAGUCGGAUAUUCUACGGGCCGCAGAGUCGGAACGGAGAAUCUGAUUCCAUAGUGAGGUCACCUUGUUUAUUCACUGUUGAUGUUUUGGAUUUCCCCUUUGGGUGUACACAAGCGAAGGCAACCAAAGUGAGAGCAGACAGACCACGACUCAAUCUCCUUGAAGAAUCAAGAUACACUCGCAGAACUUCUUUUUACCCCAAACAUCGCAGUCGUACCUCUUUGCCAAAUACUAUUCGUCUCGUAAAUGAAUCAGCUCCUUCAAAAUCAUUUGAAGAACCACUUUUCAGCCCAUUCAGUGAAUCAGACGAACCCUUCAAUCAUCAUCCACGAUCUCACUGUGCAUCACCAGCUCACAGUGAAUCACCACCACCAUCACCAGAACACUUCUGGAGCUCUACUCAAGUUUUCAAUCCGAAUCAAAGACCUUUAGAUCUUGAGCUCGAGCUCGCUUCUGAAGACUUCUCUGAUCUUGAAGAUACCAGCGUCUUCAACUCACGCAGCUCAUCACGCGGCCCAGUACCAAGCCCACCAGCCAGCUUCCUCGACAAAUUCUUCUUACCGGACACUGAAUCCGACGCCAUUUCGUCCAAUACCUCGCUGCCACUGCAAUUGACCAUGCAAAUCCCCGUACCUGAGUUCUCACGAAAGCGCGUGCGUUUUACAACCUCACAAGCCAACGUUGAUGAUUAUAUCACCGGACCUACAAUCGGCAACCAGCUGGCAGCUGGCGGCGCGAACAUCAACUCAGAACAGACACUUAACCCAGAGGAACUUCCUAGCCCACCCAAGCGUGCAAAGGUUGACUCUCCACAUCCAUUACGGCGACCCAACAAAAUCAGAAAGUUAGCUGAAUCGAAAAAGCACAGAAUAGAGAUGCAGGCUUUACUUGAAUUCCACCGCCGCCGUCAACAACAAGAACUAGUCACACCUCCACCAGAGCCAUCCCCAUCUCCACCACCAGUGAAUGGAGAAGACAAGCCGCUCAUACAUCGCUACCUGAAAUGCCCAGAGCUUUGCCCAUACCACGAUGUGGCUCCUUUCCCAGUUACCACUGAAGUGAUUGAUCUAAUCUCAUUGCUUCCACAAGGACAUCGCCUCAGAGUGAAACGUGACUACGAAGAGUCUCUUAUCAAACCACCAACACCAGAAUCACAAACUGUACAAGAACCAGCACUUGAAAAUACUCGUGUACUUACUCCUUCUUCUGAUCCGAGCGUCGUAUCCAAGCGCCGCCGACUUACCAAUACCAAACAAAACACCAGACAAAACAAAUCCAACAGAAUAUCCAAAAAAUCAACGUACAAAUCAUCAAAUCCCAAAAUGCCUGGCUCAUGGCCUCGUGAAAGCCGACAAAAUUGCGAAGUCACCAUUAACAUCAACGUCAUUGAGCGCCUAGAAAAAGCAGCUGAAAAAACAAAAUCAUGGAUCAAACGCACAGCCCGAAAAAAUCAGGUCGAAUUAGUGCUUGGGGCAUAUGUAUUCACUACCGUCUUUGGGCCUACCAUACAACAUCGACUCGAACAAACAUUUUCACCACUUAAUGCCUUUACACCUGAAGCGAUAAAUAAUUAUCGCGAGCUCUAUGAGAAAGAUGAGCUCACUUGGUUCGGCAUCUGGUUUUUUGAUAUUGUGAAAUAUUGUGGCCUUGACCGGGCAACAAUGGGUUGA